CCUUUAUCUUUGCCCCGUCCCUCUCUCUCCCUCUCGUCUUCUCUCUCUCGGUGCGCAAGCUGAAAUGGCUGCGUCUUCUUCUUCGAUGUCUCUGGCUCGUCAUUUGCCGAAGCUGUGCUCGCCCCACGACCGUGCUCCUUCGUCAUCAGUCUCUCUCCGUAAUCUCAACUCAAGUGUGAAUAUUGUUGGUAGUGGCAGGCAAAUUUUGCUCUGGUCUGGUCAUAAAAGAGUCAACAGAGGUUAUAGAACUCUUCGUGUUCAUGGCCUAUUUGGAGGAAAGAAGGAUAACAGUGAUGAUGCUCCUUCGAAGGCAGGGAUUCUCGGGAAUAUGCAAAAUUUGUAUGAGACAGUGAAAAAGGCACAAAUGGUUGUCCAAGUUGAGGCUGUGCGAGUGCAGAAGGAACUUGCAGCAGCGGAGUUUGAUGGUUACUGUGAAGGUGAAUUAAUAAAGGCUACUUUAUCUGGAAACCAGCAACCCGUGCGCAUCGAGAUUACUGAGGCCGCAAUGGAAUUAGGAGCUGAGAAGCUGUCGGAGUUAGUCAACGAGGCUUACAAAGAUGCACACCAGAAGAGUGUACAGGCCAUGAAGGAGAGAAUGAGUGAUCUUGCCCAGAGUUUGGGAAUGCCGCCGGGCAUGAGCGAGGGUUUCAAGCCAUGAUAGCGAUUCUCGCCUGCCGGGGAGUGGCUACUGAGUCGAGAUCCAAUUUUGUAUACAGUCAAGGCAUGUUGUUCCGAUUUGUACUGUAGCCGUAGAUUUUUGUAACCGUUCGAACGCCGGUCGCGGUUUCAUUGAAGAAGGGAAUUAGCGAAUUCAUGACA